CAACAGUGAGCGCUUGCUUUGCGGCUCAGUUUUGUUGCCAUGUCCGACAUUCCCGGCUUUGUGACGACAGACCGCGAUCAGGCCUUGCAGCUAUUGAGAGCAUACAUCCAGUAUGACGGCGCCUUCCUUGUUCGACUCAGCGAGAGCGCUGCCGGAUUCUACUCGAUCGGUGUCACCUCAAAGGGCGCAAUCAAGCACUUUAAGGUUCAGCUUGACGAACAGCGGCAAGUGUACAUUGCCAAGAAAAAGUUUGCGUCCGUGCGCGAGCUUGUGCUCCACUACAUGCAGAGUCCGAUUCGCUCAAACCAGUUCGACGACCCCAUCAUGCUGAAAAUCCCAAUAUUCAAUCCGGACGUGUCCGUCCAGCCUCACUUGGCCUUCCCGGAGCCCGUUCCGUCGGCGGUUCCACAUCAUCGCAGCAGCCCAUAUCCGCUGCCAGAGGUGCCACCCCCAGUUCCCAGCAGAAACGUGCGAGGAUCAGUGAUCGCCGAGAGACCAGCCAUGGCCCCCGAGCGACAUUUCGUGGCCGAACGACCAGAGCCUAUUCCAAGACCGGUUGUUUCCGACCGACCAGAGCCAAUUCAAAGACCGGUUGUUGCCGAACGACGUGAACCGGUUCAAAGACCCGGGGUUGUUGCCGAACGACCACCAGAGCCAGUCCAACGACCAGUUGUUGUCGAGCAGCCAGUUGCAGCACCGCGGCCUGCGGUGGCACCACGACCUGCGGCAUCGCGGCGACCAAUAGUGGCAGAGCAGCAGCCGAGGCAGCAAUCUCCAUUGUUAGCAGUCCCCGAACGACCCGCGCCAACGUCCGGCUCCAGGAGUCCCCUUCCAAACAUUCCUCGAGUCAGCAUGCAAGUCCUGGCCCAGGUAACGAGCAAUUUUGCAGACACCAAGAAAAUCGGGGGAGGCGGCUUUGGCAGCGUCUACUCUGGUGUCUGGUGUGGUCAACACGUUGCCGUCAAACGGUUGGCUGCAGAAUCGGCGCAGGGCGUCGCUCAGUUCGAGGCCGAGCUCGAGGCUCUAUCUCGCUUCCGUCACCCAAAUAUCGUCACCGUCAUGUGCUACACAGUGGAAGGCAACGAGCGCUGCCUGGGCCUCGAGCUCAUGGUCAAUGGCUCGGUUCGCGACCGCCUCGACCGCAAAAACAACAGCCCCCCGCUGAGUUGGCGCCAUCGGCAAAAGAUUGCAACGGAAACUGCGAGCGCGAUGCACUUUGUCCAGACUGCGGUUGAGGGUCAGCCUCUUUUCCACCUGGACCUCAAAACGGCCAACAUUCUGCUGGACGAAAACUUUAAAGCCAAGGUCGCUGACUUUGGCCUGACGCGCCAGGCACCGACUCCGAUCGAUGCGCAUAGCUACAUCCGCGCAGACUCUGUUCAAGGAACCCUCCAGUACAUUUGCCCCCAGUAUCGCGACGAAGGCAAGGUGUCCAUCAAGACGGACGUGUACUCUUUCGGAAUGAUUCUGCUUGAGCUGCUGACUGCGGCAAAACCCUGUCUCGACCUGAUUGGCUCGUUCAAUCGGGAGCUUCGCAAAAAGCACAAACCCGACGCGUUGCUUGAUACCGCGAUUGAUUGGAGUGUUGCGGACAAGCAAGCGGCGCUUGUCGUGGCCGAGCUGGCGGCGGAUUGUCUCGAACUGGCUCGCGUAGAUCGGCCCACGUUUUUGGAAGCCGUGCAGCGAUUGUGUGGCGAGCAGGUUGCUCAAGACGCGCACGGCGACAAUCAUGCUCCCGAACGGGAUCGCGAGUGCUUGAUUUGUGCGGAUGCUCCCACCACGGCCAAGCUCCUCCCAUGCCGGCACGCUUGCGUCUGUGUAGAGUGUGCGCAGAUGCUCUUAUCGAACGGGCCCGUCUGUCCCGUUUGCCGGGGCGCGAUUGCAAGCUUUGAUCAAGGUGAAUUUGAUCAAACUUUUGUCCGGUGAAACAAACGACUUGCGUGAGAUUGUCGCGUUGCUCUUUUUUUUUCCUUUUGCUUGCCAGUGUUUAGUUUGUCGUUCGCUGUUGUGGACCAACAAGCGAGUGCUCGAUGAUGAUGAUGAUGAUGAUGAUGAUGAUGAAUUGGAUUGGUUUUUGUAUGGC